GGUGGCGUCAGCCCCAUGCCUAGAAUGUUUUAACACUGGUUUGGUCUAGAUGCGUGGUUCGGUUUGGAGGCUGGAACCGGCGACAACACCGGAAGUGACACCAGGUCGUUGGCGUUGAGAUCAGCGAGCAGGACUAGCUAGCUAAACCGGCAAAGGAUACCGGGGGAGGGAGAGGAGCCGGUCAACGAAAGAAUCAUCAGCCCCACGGGAUGAAACAUUGAUUGCCGUCUUCAAACACACUCUAACACGAUCAUUAUCACCAUUACCAAAGCCACCCAGAUUAAAGCAGCCGUCUCUGUAAAGGAAGGAGUCCUCUAUUUUAUUCCGUGGUUGCUCUGUGGGCUAGGAGCAUACAUCUGAGUGUGUGGACGGUGUGUAACUAGCUCUCUCUAUGUGUGUGACAAUGGGAGACAUCAGUGACCUGGACCGACAGAUAGAGCAGCUCAGGCGCUGUGAGCUCAUCAAGGAAAAUGAAGUCAAAGCAUUGUGUGCCAAAGCCAGAGAAAUCCUGGUUGAAGAAAGCAAUGUCCAGAGAGUAGACUCUCCUGUCACGGUGUGUGGCGAUAUUCACGGUCAAUUCUAUGACCUGAAAGAGCUCUUCAGAGUUGGUGGCGAUGUUCCAGAGACUAACUACCUCUUCAUGGGUGACUUUGUGGAUCGAGGCUUCUACAGUGUGGAGACUUUUCUUCUGCUUCUAGCUCUUAAGGUGAGGUAUCCAGACAGGAUAACUCUAAUCCGGGGAAACCACGAGUCUCGACAAAUUACCCAGGUCUAUGGCUUCUACGACGAGUGUCUUCGCAAGUAUGGCUCAGUCACCGUUUGGAGAUACUGCACUGAGAUAUUUGACUAUUUGUCCCUGUCUGCUAUCAUUGAUGGCAAGAUCUUCUGCGUGCACGGUGGUUUGUCUCCCUCAAUCCAAACAUUAGACCAGAUCAGGACCAUUGACAGAAAGCAGGAAGUGCCCCACGACGGACCCAUGUGUGACCUUUUGUGGUCAGACCCUGAAGACACCACAGGGUGGGGCGUGAGUCCCAGAGGGGCUGGCUACUUGUUUGGGAGUGACGUGGUGGCGCAGUUCAAUGCUGCCAAUGAUAUUCACAUGAUUUGUCGAGCACACCAGCUGGUGAUGGAGGGCUACAAGUGGCACUUCAACGAGACGGUGCUCACUGUGUGGUCUGCACCCAACUACUGCUACAGAUGUGGCAACGUGGCAGCCAUCUUGGAGCUGGAUGAGCAUCUACAGCGUGAGUUCAUCAUAUUCGAGGCAGCGCCGCAAGAGACCAGAGGGAUCCCCUCCAAAAAACCAGUAGCAGACUAUUUUCUGUAAAGAUCUUCAGACAGGUGGCCGCGACGUGUCAAACCGCGGCACCAUCCUGCACCGGCACACCCCCACCCGCCGUCCUGCUGCUGGACCAGUCUGAACUCACAGCGUUUGGUAAAACGUGGCAGCCUCGGCCUGAAGAGCUGCCUGAACCAGACGGAGCAGUCAGCAUGGGAGGGUUGGGGUGGUGCUGAUCUACUCCCACCCACUGCUCAUCACAUUCUCCUUUCACACACGUUGGUGGAUUUUUAUGGUUAAUACGGUCACUUAGUUUUAGGACUAACGGAGUAAAAAAUGUUUAUUUUCCAAAAUCUGCAGGUUUAGGACAUUUUUACAGUUUUAUCAUUCGAUGAAUUAUUUCAGUGCUUUGAUUUAGUCUAACUGUUGCUGCCAGGACAACAUUCAGGAUGCCCUGUCACACCCAGUACUGCUGUUCAGUACCACACAUGUAAUCAGAAAAGCCACGGCGCUUUUUUCUACUCAUUUUAAUCCGCUCAUUUCUCUAGCUGUCAGUUUUGAUAUUGUGAGAAUAAAGUUUUUGUAUCGUUGAUGUGGGUGUGACUUCAUGACCUGCAAAUAAACACACCUGGGAUCAGU